AUGGAGUACCAUCCUAUGCUGCAUCGCCUUGUUUCUACUGAUUUUGUGCAACCUGACAAUGCUGCUGAAAUGAGUUUUGACUCAAAAGAUGAUCACAUGACAAAAUGUGGAGGCACACUAUAUGAAGCUUUUGCUAAAGAUGGAAAUAGUCAAAUUUUUCCGCUUGCCUUUGGAAUUGGGGAUUCAGAAAAUGAAAAUGCAUGGAUAUGGUUCUUUAGAAUACUAAAAGAAGCAAUAGGAGAUCGAGAAGACUUGUGCAUAGUAUCUGACAGGCAGAAAAGCAUCAAAAAUCCAAUUGAACAAGUAUAUCCUGGUCUAUACCAUGGGGUUUAUCUUUAUCAUUUGAAGCAAAAUCUAAGGACUAAGUUUAGGGGAUUACAUGUGCAAGCCAUAUUCGAAAUUGCUUCAAGAGCCUACUCAACUCAAGAAUAUCAUUCUUCCAUGGCUGAGUUACAGAAAAUUAACCCUGAAAUGACCACUUAUCUUUUGCAAGCAAAACCAGAAAGAUGGGCUCGACCAUUCUUUCUGACAAAAAGGUAUAACAUUCUUACAAGUAACAUUGUUGAGUCUAUAGAUGCAGCAAUUGUGCAUGCGAGAGAAUUUCCUAUAACGUCAUUAAUAGAAGCUGUGAGAGAGAUGCUUCAAAGAUGGUUUUCAAUAAGAAAACAAGCAAAAAUCAACCAAUUUAUUGAAGUGACAAAAUGGGCAAAUGAUGAAAUGAAGAUAAAACUUGAUGUGGCAUUUCGAAUGAAGAUGCAAUUGAUGCAAUGA